UUUCGCCGACGGGUUUACCGCGUGAGCGGAGCAGCGGGGAGAGGCUUAGGCGGCGGCAACCGCUGAUUGGCAGCCAAGGGGUUCACUCCCUAUCGCCUGCUCGAACUGAACCAGCCCAGCCAAUCGGAGUGAGGGCUGACAGGAACGACCCAAUCCCAGAGCUGGGCUGAGGGUGGGGGCGGGGACAAGUGGCCCUGGCGGACUUGGCACUGGCGCUGUCCUGGGGGAGCUGGUUUGUGGAUGUUGCUGAUACUCUUGCUGCAGUAGUACUGGGUCCUCAGGCAGAGCACCCUCUCUUUGAGGGGAAUCAUGAGCCGCUUCCUGAACGUGUUACGGAGCUGGCUGGUUAUGGUAUCCAUCAUAGCCAUGGGGAAUACGCUCCAGAGCUUCCGAGACCACACCUUUCUCUAUGAAAAGCUCUACACUGGCAAGCCAAACCUUGUGAAUGGCCUUCAAGCCCGGACCUUUGGGAUCUGGACGCUGCUCUCAUCUGUGAUUCGCUGCCUCUGCGCCAUUGACAUCCACAACAAAACACUCUAUCACAUCACACUGUGGACAUUCCUCCUCGCCCUGGGACACUUCCUCUCCGAGCUGUUUGUGUUUGGGACAGCAGCUCCCACAGUUGGCGUGCUGGCACCCCUGAUGGUGGCAAGUCUCUCAAUCCUGGGUAUGCUGGUUGGGCUCCGGUAUCUAGAAGCAGAACCAGUCUCCAGGCAGAAGAAGAGAAACUGAAACUGAGGCCCGACCUUGCCACCUCCAAAAAUGUCACCGUCUUCCGCCUCUGCUCUCUUCGUUCUUCAUCCUCUGUC